AUGGCGCGCUGCACCGCGCGCCGCACCGACGCGGUGUCCGGCUUCCGCCUGGCCGCUGCGGCUCUGGGCGCACUGCUUUUCUGGCACGCGCCCAGCCUGGCACUGUCCACGCCCUUCCGCCUGACCACGGGCAGCCUCGGCUUCGUGGCCCUGUCCGCCCUCAUCCUCCUCUUCGUGCUGUACAGGGCCUUCCCGCACAAGAAGCGACUGUUCGCGGCGGCGACCCUGCUGGGCAGUACCUUCCUGGGCGCCAUGCGGUACCUCCUGGGCACCUGGGUGCCCUCCCUGCGCUCGCUGGCCACCAACCCGCUGGUGCUGGCCUACCUGGCCCUCUCCGCCGUCGCCGGCCUCGUCGUCACCUACUGGUUCAACGACACCUCCUCCGUCAAGGUCAACACGAUCUUGAGGGUGGCGCUGCAGGUGGCGGGCCUGGGCGCGGUGGCGGCCAGCGCCAGUCUUCCGGAAGGCGCUGCCGCGCUGGCGGCAGGCCUGAUCGCCGCCCGCCUUCUGAGCCGCGCGCCGCUGGCCUGGCUGCGCAACGCGCGGCGCAUCGGCGCAGGGGCCGUGCCGCGGCUGGUCAAGUACCCGGCGGCGCGUCGCGCGUCCCUGACCGCAAGCGGGCGGCAUGUGCGUGGCCCGGCCUCCCCCGUCUACUGGGAGCGGGGCUCCUCAGGCCCCACCUGCCGCUGA